GUCAUUCUAUUCGUGACAAUUCGUUUAGUUAUCUUGAACAUUGUUAUUUGUUAUAUGUCACCAAGUGUUUGUAAUUGUUUUUUGUAGAAAGUCAAACUUUGCAUUGUGUAUGCCGUAUAUUAUAUUAAAUAAUAACAAAAUGCUAGUGAGCCAAAGAUCAGAUGAAUGAGUGACACCGGCAGUAAAACGGAAGCGACCGAACAUACGGCACUCAUGGACGGGCACAUAGCUGAAGCUCGCCCUGACAGAGAGAUCGCUGAAAGAAUAGCAAGAAAAAGGAAAACUAAAUCGGAAAGCCAACGUACAUAUGGCAGUGUAGAUCAGAGGGAAGGCAGAGCAGCAAAUGCACCAAGCAGUUCAGCACCAGGUGCAGGUCCCCCCCCUCUUCCCAUCGAACCUCAGAUUGAAGAGCUAGAGCUCAAGUAUGGAGCGCGCCAUGUCAUCAAACUGUUUGUUCCGGUCACAUUGUGCAUGCUCGUUGUUGUAGCUACAAUAUCAUCAAUAAACUUCUACUCUGUCAAGGAUGUGUAUCUUGCCUACACACCUUUUCAUGAAGAAAGUCCACAUGCCGGGACAAAGGUGUGGAAUGCUCUCGCCAACUCUAUGAUUUUACUAACCGUGAUAGCUCUGAUGACUGUUCUGCUGAUUGUACUGUACAAGAAGAGAUGUUAUAAAAUAAUACAUGGCUGGCUCAUACUUUCCUCACUUAUGCUGCUGUUUUUGUUUUCCUAUUUAUAUAUAGAAGAAGCACUAAGAGCAUACAACAUACCAAUGGAUUAUAUAACAUUAGCUUUUGUAAUGUGGAACUUUGGUGUGAUGGGCAUGAUUGUGAUACACUGGAAGGGCCCACUGCGACUGCAGCAAGCGUACCUGAUAUUUAUUGCGGCGCUUAUGGCGCUAGUAUUCAUUAAGUAUCUUCCUGAAUGGACAACAUGGGCUGUUUUAGCUGUUAUAUCAAUUUGGGAUUUGAUAGCUGUGUUAACACCUAAUGGACCUCUGAGAAUAUUAGUAGAGACUGCACAGGAAAGAAAUGAACCUAUUUUUCCAGCUCUCAUAUAUUCAUCAACGGUGAUGUACUGCCUGGUGGCGACGACGACGGCGGGUGUAGACUCGCCCGCCGAACCGGAGCCCGCACGAGAACCGCGCCCGCGAGAAUUGCGGCCACUCAACCCGCACGCGACACGGGAGAGGGAAGCGAGCCGCCGCGAGUCGGGCGGCACGGGCGAGGCUGCGGGCUUCGACGCAGCGUGGCAGGCGCGCGCGGCCUCGGGCUCGGCCCCGGGACCGGCCUCGGGCUCCGCCUCGGGACCGGCCGCGGCCGCGGGAGAGCCGCGCCGCCUGCGCGUCGACGGCACCGCCCCCGCCUCCUACACCACGCGCCUCGACCGCCCGCAGCCGCCCCCCGACGCGGAUGAGGAGAAGGGAGUGAAGCUGGGUUUAGGCGACUUUAUAUUCUACAGUGUGCUGGUGGGGAAGGCUAGUUCGUAUGGGGACUGGAACACCACCCUUGCCUGUUUUGUAGCUAUACUAAUUGGGCUGUGUCUCACUCUACUUCUACUAGCGAUACUCAAGAAAGCGUUGCCAGCGUUACCUAUAUCUAUUACAUUUGGACUAAUCUUCUACUUCGCGACACGUUGUGUUGUCAAACCGUUUGCGGACGCAUUAGCCGCUGAGCAAGUGUUCAUUUAGCCACCGCCUUUUCAUAUCCCCUAACAAACGUGGUACUUAGGAAAUUGAAGACUCAGCGUUAAUUAGAUGCUCAUUAUGAACUUUGUUUUUUUAUUUAUUUGUUACUACAUCAAACCAAUGGCUCGGUCAAAUUAGUGUUCAAGUUGAAACUGAAUAUAAUUGCGAUGUUGAUUAUAACAGAU